AGCGUACUCGUUACUGACAUCGAAAAAAAGAGAAUGGGGACUGCGUUUUGACAGUUGACAAUGGCGUUGAUGUUACACUGCGGCUGCGUACUCUUCCUAUUAGCUAGUAGUAGAAUCAAGCGAAGCGGACAAGACGAGAGAAGGCACUUCAGGUUGACUUGGUAACUCCAGAAGGAACUACUGGCAUUAGCUCCGACAAAAUCGACUCGAGAGAGGAAUUCUCUUUCACCACCACUUGCAAGCCUAUUGGAUCUUUUGAUCUUUUUGGCUCACCAUGGCGGAUGCACCACCGGCUGCAGCAUCCGGUAGAGGAGGUGGAGGUCGAGGGAGAGGAAAGGGCCGUGGCAAAGGACGAGGAGGUCGUGGUGGACGAGGAAAAGGCAACAAAGAAAAAGCUGCCGAAGGCGACGGCAAGGCCAAGAAUGACGCUACUACAGAACAGCCUCCAGCAGCCAAGCAGCAGCAACAGAAGGCCGGACGCGGGGAAGGAGGAGGAGGCCGAGAAGGCAACAAGAACCGACGCAGACGCAACAACAACAACAAGGGUGGAAAAAGUGGAAAUAAGGGCGGGGGAAAGAGCAACAAUAAGGAGCAGACACCAGCAGAACCGGCGCCUCCUCCGUCCAAGUCGGAGGAAGAAAAGAAACGAGAAGAGGAGGAGAAGAGGCAGCAAGAAGAAGCCGAGGCUUUGAAAAAGCGCCAAGAAGAGGAACAAAAGGCUUUGGAAGCAGCAAGAGAAAAGAGACGAAAGGAACAGGAAGCCUUGGAACAGAGUGUCAAGGAAGCAAUAGAGGCACUCAAGACACAAAUCGAAGUGGUGGAAAACCACAAGGCCAACCGAGCUCAGCUCCAAGCAGGCGCAUUGGAGGACUUUCGAAAGAAAUUUCAAAGCAACAAGAAAUCUCUCAAGACGGAUCUGAAAAAAUGCACCGCCUUUGUCAAAAAGGUCAAGUCGGGAUCCGCAUGGGCCAUGAAACCGGAUGAAAUCAAUCGCGACGUUUCCACGUUGAACUUGUCUCGGUAUGUGGACGAAGUGGUGGCAGCGUUACUAGAUGCAAAACUAAAAUUGGGAGACUUGCCGUCUGUGGUAGCCCUUUCGAUGGAAAUGCACUUGCGCUACGAAGAGUUCUUGUCCAAUCUUUUGCCGGGUCUCUGGUCUGUCAUUAAUGAAAAAGCCACUGAAGAGACUGCCAAGAAUCGAAGGCUCUAUGUGCGCUUGAUAACUGACUUUGUUCUCAAUGGACUCGUGACAGAUACCAAACAAUUAUCAAAGCUAAUUGCCGAGGCUACUGGAGGAAAAGAUGGAAGCUACGCCGUCACCGAUGCCAAUCUCAUUGUGGCGUUUGUCAAAGCCGCUGGGUACGAGAUCUUCGGACAGCAACCCAAGUCCAUUAGAGUGCACGUCACCCUGGUUCGAGAGGAAAUCCAAAAGGCCAACAAAGUCGCUUCCAGCGGUGAAGCCACCUCAGAAGAAGCAGGCGCAGUUGAGGACGGCCCCGUCGUAUUGCCGGCUGAAUUGGCAAGUAAGGGUCAAGAGGUAGUUGCCAAGCUAGAGAAGACAAUGACUGAUCUGGCUGUUCCAAAUGGAACGUCUGAUUUGCUUGCAAAACAUUGCUUGGGAGCCUACCAAACACUGUCGUCCUCGUUGGUUACAACCCACGUGAAGCUACAAAAACUAGAAAAGCGAUGCGAACAAGACCGUUUGCUUUCUGGGACCCUUCCUGAAGCUCGUGAGAAAGGACUAACGGAUGCCAGGAAGUUGUUGGAGUCGCUACAGAAGAGCGUCGACACAUUCUCAGAUAUAUUGGACCAACCACUGCCACAACUAGAGCAAGAAGAAAAUGAUGGGGAAGCCGAUGCUGGUGGUGGCGGAUUGGAGCUCUGGACCAAAGGAGGCGGAGAUGGAGAGGGCGGAGCCGACUUUGGGCCCUUCGAUGACGAAGAAACCAGGGCAUUCUAUUGUGACAUCCCAGACUUGCUUACGACUGUUCCGCCUGGUCUUCUUGGGAUAUCCCCCGAAGAGAUUGAACGCCGAAAAGCCGACAACUUGCAAAAGUAUGGAUCUGGCUUUGAUGCGGGGGCUGGUGCUGUCGACGAGGAGGCCGAAGCGGCCACAGAAGAAGCCUUGGCAGAGGACCAACUGUUGGAUGAUGAGGAUGCAGCGGCGCCUGCUGAUGGGGUGCAGGGAACAGAUGAUGCGGCAGCGGAAGAAAACAAAGAUACACCCCACUACAAACUCACUGUGUUGCUUGAACAAGAGUUGCCUGAGUGCAACAGACGAGAGCAAAUUGAUGAGAUUGCUGAGAAGUUCUGUACGAACAAUGGGUCGUCAAAGAAUUCGCGGAAGCGCCUCUCUAAGACUCUCUUUUUGGUCCCCAGAAGUCGUUUGGACCUUCUUCCUUACUACUCCCGCAUGACUGCUAUUCUCGACAGGGUCUGGCCUGAUAUUGCGCCUGUGUUAGUGAAAGAUUUGGAGCAACAGUUUCACGGGCAGACACGUUACAAGAAGCAAAGCGUCGAAGCUCGAUUCAAGACUGCCCGCUACAUCGGGGAGCUCACCAAGUUUCGAGUUGCCCCUCCGAUCGUGGCUCUCCGCUGUAUUAAGCGGUGUUGUGAUGAUUUUUCCGGUGCCAACAUCGAUGUCUGUUGCUGUCUACUAGAAUCUUGCGGGCGUUACCUACACCGAAUCAAGCACACUAACGCUAGGCUGACGCAACUUUUGGAUACCAUAUCUCGUCUCAGCAAAGCAGCGCACUUGGAUGAACGGCACCAAUCUUUGAUAAAGGCAGCCUUUUACACCGUGAAGCCUCCACUAAGCGGCCCACGCAAACAGGCUAAGGAAUAUACUCCCUUGGAGGCGUACCUACGACACCUGCUUUUGGAUCGUUUGGAGCCGGAUGCCAACAGCAUCUCGUUUGUGUCGAAGCAAAUUAUUCGCUUCCCGUGGAAUGACCCCACCAAGCAGUGCGGUCCACUUGUCUGCAAAAUCAUUUUGAAGACUUGCCGCAAGGGACGCUACAAGGGAAUCCAAGCGUUGGCGGCUGUAGCUGCCAAUCUUAGACGCCAUAGGCCUGAAGUCUCUGUUCGAUUGAUCGAUGCUGUAUUGGAGGAACUCCGUUGGGCCAUUGAACACCCGAACUUUCGAGAUCAGCAAAGGAUAAUCUCCUAUGCUCGACUGCUGGGUGAACUCUUUUGCGUAUCGCUGGUUUCAGGCCAGCUGAUAAUUCAACAACUUUACCUUUUCCUCAACAUUGGCCAUGAAAUUCCGUCGGGCUUGAAGGAAGCCUCUGAGAAACAUCGGGAAGCAAUGUCCGCCGGUGCUUCCACUACUGAAGCCAGCAAACAGCAGGAACAACUUCCUGUGUACAAUUCGGCCGGCGGUAUGGUGACAGCAAUCAACGAAGAUGAGGAACUGGACGAGGCUCCGCUGGAGACUAAAGAAGAAGACAUGCAGCCGCAGCAGCCCGUAGCUGUCUCGAAGCAUUCGGAAUUCGAUCCUCGUGUCCCUUCGAACGAAGAUACGCCGAAUUCAGCAUUCCGAGUAAAGCUUGUCUGCACCCUCUUGGAAGUUGUUGCAAAAAAUCUUGUGACGAGGAGCAAUAUUCCAAAGUUGCAAGGCUUUAUGGCUGCAUUCCAGCGAUAUCUUUUCACCAAGACAUCGUUGCCCGCUGAGGUUGAGUUUUCGUUAUUGGACACCUUUGAUAUCGUCGAUUCCGCUUGGCGCAAGGCCACCAAAGACGGUGGGAAAGGCUCCAAGGGGAAGAAGGACUCGAGUGGUGAUGCGGAGGCAAAAGAAGAAAUUGGGUUUCCACGCUAUGCUAAUUGGCUUGAAGCACACAAUGCUACUGUUGCGGCGGAAGAAGCUGACUACGUCGCAGAGGCAAGGACGCGUGCUCGAAUUGAAGCCUUGGCCGGCGAAUCCACUGCUGAAAAUCUUGGCGCCAUUGAAGGAGAUCUUCUCCACGAGGAGGAAGAGUCCCUAGGAGACGACGACGACGAUGAAGAUGACGACUCUUCUGUGGAGGAUCCGAUGUCUUUGAGUGCGAAGGAUAGUGUCAAUGACGACAUCGCUUUCGAGAUGGAAAGCGGCGACGAAGAGGAUGACGGAGAAGAGCACAUGGAGCAUUCCCAUUACGACGAAACAACAGACGACGAUUCAGAAGAGAGCAAUGACUCCGAUGGAGAGACGGACGAUGAGGAGCGGUCAGAUGAAGAGGAAUUUGAUGAAGAGGCCUACCUUGCUCAAAUGGAAGAAGAGGCGUUCGAAAGGGAGCUUCGUCGAGUGACAAUGGAAGCACUUGAGAAAGGAAAGGCUACUGCGAGAGCAGCUACGGGGGGUAAGGUUGCCGACACGAUGAUCUCGGGGAGUAUUAUGUUCAAAAAGAAACCAGAUGCAACGAAACCUGCGGAUGCCGGUCCUACCUUGGCUCUUGGUGGUGGCGAAGGUAUCACAUUCCAGCUACUCACGAAGAAGGGGAACAAAGGAAAGGUUGAAUCCAAAGAAAUCAUUGUUCCUACGGACACAAACCUUGCCAAGACAGCGACAAAGCAGGACGACGAAGCGGCUCGGGAACGAGACAUGAUCAAGGCACGUGUUCUCCAGUAUGAGGCUGACAGUGCAGAAGCUCGUGGUGCUGGAGGCAACAUUUACCUGGAACAAGAGAAGUUGCAAGUGAUUCGCAAUCGCCCCCUCUCAAUGGAGGAAAUCGAUCGAAACUUUGGCACCUCCGGAGGCAAUCUACGAUCGAAUCAGGGCCAAAGUGGCCAAUUCAGGACAAGUCCCUCGUUGGGAGGCAGGGGUGGUGGACGAGGGGGACGCGGACGUGGACGAGGAAACGCCAGUGGAAGAGUCCUUUUCUAGAAUCACUUCAUAUCAAAGCGCAGCACCUGGCCGACAUGUCUGUAGGAGCAAAACAAUUUCAAAUAUUUCAUUGUAACUACUCUAACACCUUGGGAUAUGUUG